ACAGAAGUUAUGCGCAUGCGUACUUCGUGCAGUCAACCCCAACAAUAAAUGCCUCAACUUCUGUUUGCAGAAGUUUGUGUUUCUGUUCCUUGUGACGUUUUUUGUGACAUGAGGGAAGAUGAAUGAGGAUGCUUACGAGUUCCCAGCAAGGACCGAGUACCAAUACUUGGUACAGGAGGAGGACGAGGUGGGGGUGCAGUAUGUCCGACACCGGCACUAUGUCAGUCCCUUCCUGGUCCUGUCCAAACACUGCAUCUUCCUCAUCUGCCUCGGCGUUCUCUCCCUGCUGGCGCUCGCCGCCUACCUGGGCUACAUGGCCCAGACGCCUCCACCGGGACGCGCCCAGGUGUCCACGGCCUGCGGAGACUUCAAAGGGCAACACAAAAAUGGCGCCUUCUCCUUUAAAGGCAUUCCCUACGCUGCUCCACCUGUUGGGAAGCUACGCUGGGCUCCUCCGGCCGAUCCGGUCUGCAGGUCCAAGGUGAUGAACGCCAACCACUUUGGCAGCAUCUGCCCUCAGGUGCAGCCGAUGGCGAGCGACGGGAAGGUGUUGGGCCACGAGGACUGCCUCUUCAUCAACGUGUGGACGCCCACGCUGCAGCCUGGAGCCAAGCUGCCCGUUAUGGUCUGGAUCCACGGUGGAUACCUGCAGAUGCUGAGUGGAGGAGAGCCCGGAUACUCACCCACGGAAAAGCUCGCUGCAGACACGUGGAUGGUUUACGUUAGCUUCAACUACAGACUCAACGCGUUUGGAUUCAUGGCUCUGGAGAUGCUCAGAGAAGGAUCUCCAAGAAACACUUCAGGGAACUACGGUUUCCUGGACCAGAUUGCAGCUCUGAAGUGGGUCCAGAGGAACAUCCAUGUGUUUGGAGGAGAUCCUGGAAGAGUCACCAUAGUUGGACAGAGCUCAGGCGGGACAUCCGUCUGGACCCUGAUGAUGUCACCGCUGGCCACCGGCCUCUUCCACAGGGCGGUGGACAUGAGCGGCUCAUACGUCUACAACGCCUCGCUGACGCAGGCUGAAUCCGACAACCUGGUGUUCCUGAACAAGACGGGCUGCGAGGAUCUGGCUUGUCUCCGAAGUCUCACCGUGACUCAAGUCCUGCAGGCCAUCCCGUGGGAGGAGUACCCGUCCUGGGCCGGGUCGGAUCUAACAGACCUCCCUACUAAAGGCCUUUUCAUCGGACCUGUUGCGGUCGUGGACGGUUACGUCCUCCAAGCUCCGCCCUUUGAGAUCUGGGAGAAGGGAAAGGUGAACGACGUCCCGUUUGUUGUUGGGACAACCGAGCAGGAGGCCGACUUCAGUCCUCUAGCUGUAAACAUCUCUACAUGGACGUGGGGGGACUACCACUGGUUUGUCACAGAGAAACUUAAGACGUUCAGUCCGGAUCUUCCUGGAAAGGCGCUGGAGCUGUAUCCGUCCUCGGCACCCUGUCCCACCAGAGACCGCUGUCCAGAGAGGGCGUACACCACCAUGGUGUCCGACAUCAGAGUCACGUGUCCCAACAACGAUCUGGCCCAAAGGGCUGCAGAUGCCCUCAGCAGUCCCGUGUAUCGCUACGUGGUGACACACACGCCAUCCGGACCCGCCAAAACCUCCAACAGCCUGCUGUGGUUCCCCAGCCGCUUCUCCUUCCACUCUCUGGAUAUUCUGGCCUUCUUUGGAGACCUGGAGCUCUUCCUGGAUAAUCUCUCGGAGGAGGACAGAAACUUCCAGAAGCUCAUCACGAAACAUCUCGUCAACUUUGCCAAGACAGGUAAAAUGGAGGCGGACUGGCCCGAGUACCCAUCAGCCACUGCUCUGCUGUCCAGCAACCUGACGCUCCAGAUCCCCGCGUCCACUCGCUGUGACCUGUGGAAGGAGAACGGUCUGUUCGCCUACGCCUGGAUGAACUGAGCGCUGCUGCUUUCACCCGAGUUUGAAAUCUCACUAAAUCUUUUUUUUUUUUUUUUACAACAUCCAUAUUUUUGUUUGGAUUACGUGUUUGUUGUGUUUCCACACAGAUAAUCCCUCUGAUGGGAUUAAAAAAAGUCAUGAACCAGAUCUUUUCUGCAGAGAUGGACAUUAAUAUUUGUUUUUGAGAUGUUUGGGUGAAUUUCUCUGGUUUAGUUAACUAAACGAGCUUGAACGGGGCGCGUGGCCCACAGAGGAGGUGAAAUAGGAAAAAAUGGGAUUCAGGAAGGGAGAAAAAGGCCAUGUCGACACAUUUGAGAUAAUCCCGUUCAGCCAGCAGGCCACUCUAGAGCUUUCUACAGCACUUGGAUGCUUAAGGGAAACAUCUGUUUGUAAAGUUUGGCUUUUCCCUCAGACCAACAGGAGCUUCCUACCCCCAGGAGCUCCUGUUGGGCAGAACGGAGCUUCCUGUACGAUAGCUGACGAUCCUCUAGACUUUUAGGUUCCUUCUGAGUUUGUGUUUAAACACACAUCUGAUUCAUUUUGGUCGAGUUAUAAAAUCACUGUAAACCAGAAGGAAAUUGAUUCUUUUCCUCAAUAUUUCUGUCCCAGUUUUGACUCGGAGCCCAGCUUCAGUUCAGAUGUUUCUACAGGAAUUAUGUGUCAUGGAGCCAUUCUUAAAGCAAUAAAUCAGGUUGUAUCCGGGUCGGUGGGCUUCUGGAUUGCUGUUGUGUCGCUAAAAUUUUCGAUGUUUCUAGGAAAUUUGGGCCACAGUUUUCCUGGGAAUAUCUCGGAUCAUCAGGAGGACCCAGAAUUCUUCGGGAAUCCGUCUCUGUUUGGUUUUUAGCAGGAAGAACAUGUCAGAAAUCUGAAACCGCUUCUGGAGAAGCUGGAAACCCAAACUGACUCGAAUGAGGAUCAGUUGAGAAUAAAACUAAGUUACAGCACAAUAAUUUUUAUAAAUGUGUCUGCAGGGACGUCGUCUGUCCCUCAUGUCCUGCUCAGCUGGAAAACGUGUCUCUAAAAUGUCCCUUUGUGUGUUUUCUUACAGUUUUGCUCUCGCCUCGCCUCGCCUCCAGCAGAAGCAGCUCCGACGUUCUGGCUUAAAUGAACAGGAACUGGUUUCCUUCUGCUUUAAAUCAAACACCAGCUUAGAUUUGGGUUUUCACAUGAACUCUGAACCCUUUUAAAGGUUUCUCCCUAAACCGUCCCUCCAUCAGCGCUAAAUCAGGAACCAUCGGCUUACAGAGAUGUGGAAUAUCUAAAUGGUUUUAAAAACGUAAAGCUUGUCCAAAGGAAGAUUCCUGAAUGCAGCUUCAGUCCUUCAGUUGGAUCAAUUAUUUAGGACCAGUGUUCAGAACAAACCACAUCAUGAUGCCGCCACCGCCGUGCUUCGCUGUGGUUUUGGGUUUCUUUAAAGAUUCCAAGUGAGUGUAGAGACUGCUUGAGGUUGUUUCUGUUUAAAUGUUAUUGUUUGUCCUUCAGUUUUUACCUUUUAGCGUCUUUGGCUCUGAUUAAUUCCCGCCUGGUCCAAAAGUUCUGCUGCUUUGACCUCUCCUGGCAGCUUCGCGGUUUUAGUUUUCCUCUUUUUAAAAUAGAUUUAAUGGAGCUCUAGGAGAUGUUCAGAGAUAAUGGGUUCUGAUUUAUAGCCAGACUCUAAUCUGUGCUUCAGCAGAACUUUGUCCCUGACCCGUUUGGAGAGCCCAUUGUUCAUCAUCCUGCUGUUUGAGGCUCUGGAGCUGUAAAGAAACAGGUGAACGGCGGUCAUGUGAUACAGGUGGACUCGGCAUUUAAAAGCAACUUCACAGCUUUUCUUUACCCUGAUAAAAUCUGUCCAUCAAACUGGGAAGACCUCAGAGGGGAACUUCCUAAAUGUGUUUUAAGUAGGGCCGGGACUUUAACGCGUUAAUUAUGAUUAAUUAAUUAGAAAAAAAUGACGCGUUAAAAAAAUGUAACGCAUUUAAUCACAGCUUGCAUUUCGAGCAAGGCGGAACCUUUGUCAUUGCACGAUUUCCUCGUAGACCAAAUAUCACUGACGCACACAACACACAGUGCUAAUGGCUACUAAAACGUAAUAAAAACAGAAAGAAGUUGCCUUGCUUGGACUGAUGCAGGAUUUAGGAAACCCGUCCGCUUCUUUUCUUGGAUAAAAAAAAACUUCCAGACGACAACUGAGUCCGUGUCACGGACAUUUUUCAGAGAUCGUCUCUGCUGCAGCUGCUCGGUGGCACCGGAAACUUUACAAAAAUUGCAUUAAGCUAUAUUUUUAACAUUUACGUAACAUCUGUGCAGCGCUGAAAGCUCCAGACAGAAUAAUUCUUUGCCCUAACAGUAGUUUAUGAAAGUAGUCACGCUCCGUGUUCUCACUACUCUGUAAACAAGCAACGUGUCUUAAAGUUGAAAACAGAAGUUUAAGUUAAAACAGAAACACUCUAAAAAUGUGAUUAAUUUAGAUUAAUUACAAAGCCUCUAAUUCAUCUGAUUAAAUUUUUUAAUCGAGCCACGGCCCUAGUUUUAAGUGUUGCUGCAUACUAAACUGAGACGUUUCUUAUUCAAAUUAUGGGAUUUUUUUUUUGUUUGUUUGAAAUUAUAAUAAGAGGGAAAAAUACACUAAAUAAACAUCUUAUGUUGAUCUAAGGGUUAAAGAAUUUGGAAAUGUUCCACGUAGUUAAGGAAGCUGUUGAGAAAAUGGGAGUUUUAUUUUAAACGAUCUGAUGAGUUUCAGCUCUUUGCACUGAUUUGUUUUAUUUUAACGCUAAAACUGUCUCACUUUGUUGUGAACAAACACAUUCACUGAGUUAAUUAGUGAAACAGAUUUCAUCCAUUUGUGUUUGAUUCCAUUUAUACGAAAUGUUUAUGAUUUAUUUGUUUUUUGUCUAACGUUCACUUCUUGCUGCUGUUUUGUUUUACACUCAGGCCAUCAUAUCUGCGCUGAUGUGAUGAAAUUAAUAUUUUACGUGCGUAAUAAAAACUGACGUUGAGUGAAUUA